AUUAUCCUUAGCUCAGUUCGAUUUAGAUUAACUUAUCUUCACGAUUUUAGGGGUGAAGUCACGAUUACAGAAGAUUUGAGGGCUUCUAUUGAAAUCUCUUCCCCCCUUUCAAAAGUUUCAUGUGGUCGACUACUUGGUUAUUCUUCUCUGUUUUCUUCCUUCGUUUUUUUUCUUAAUAUUCUCUUUUCGAGAAGAUGACAUUUUCUUUCCAAUGUUAACAACUUUUAUCAGCCAUUUCUUUCCUUUUAUUUCAAAUUGGUACUAGGGAACCAUAGUUUCUGCGUUGAGCUUUAUAGAACCCAUAACAUCAUCCUCAUCAUUGAUGAAGCGGAUAACAUUUCAUAUCAAUACGCCGACUUAGUAACGCUACAUCAUGCCAAGACUUCGACCAAAUCCCGCCCAUCACAACUUCUCGAGUCAUUUCAUGAAUGCAAACGAGAUCCCAUUGGAGGUCGGUACUGCUUGCCCUGAUCCCCUAGGAUCCCAUCCCGCACUAUUGGGGCUUCCGAUAAACAGAGGGCCAAGUGAACGUAUCGAAAUAUCUCCAGACACGGCUUCUGAUGAACUAUCUGAAUAUGUAUUUCCAUUGCCGCCAACAAACUCACCGUCUUCGCAUAGCCGGACCUCACGGUCCCGAUCACCGUUCCCGCCACCUUACUCCCUACUCGCAUCUUCCCGGUCUUCGCCAAAGGACACACGUUCUUGGGCAGAUAGAAACGUCGCAAUGAACUCUUCUCCACAUGUUGCCAGUCACAUACAACCUCGAGCCGAUCAUCAGUCUUCGGUACAAUCAAAGCCACUGCCGACCAAACCACCGCCAGAUGUAGAUAACGAACUAAGACAUACCGAAAAGGGGAAGCAGCAAAUAUCGCAUCUGACACGAGUGAUCUCUGCUUUUACAAUGAGAGAGCUCAGCGUCCAUCGAGCUGAUUCAACCGUCAACGUCGACAGCAGCAAGCAGCUCCCACCGUCGACUCCAAACCAGCCUGCAGAACCAUCACUGCUAACUGGGAGGGGCGAGCGGAGACAGCCAGUUCAUCGACAAGCGACAUCAAAGGAGCUCCCUCCUGUGAAGCCCCUAUACAAUACCGAUGGAGCCAGAGCCGAGUCAUCUGCGACGCACGAGGAAGUCCCAAAGCCCAAGGAAGGGCAGAAGCAGAGACUGACGCCCGAGCAGAUGAUAUGGCUGCAUCAGAACUACCGGGGGGAGGCGACGUUCCUCAAGGCCUGGGGACUCCAUAUCACCAAGGAUGCCGACCGAGAACUGGGGCUGGGGAUUCUGCGAGAGCUGAUGGCGGCAGAGCUGGGAAGGGGCCGGGAAACACCGAGACCGAAGGAUAGGGGGCAGAUGCAUUAUGGCCAGCACGGGGAGAUGCGACCGGUGACGCCGUCAUCGGUGGUGUCGAGGGAUUGGGAUGAGGGAUUGCACUCUAUCAGCGAGGAAAGGGGGAGCCGUGCAGUCUACCUUGACCCCACGAGGGGCAGUCUGAUCUUCGCUAAAGACCGCCGCUCCUAGUGAGGCGUGAGGUUUCCCCAUGUUUCCAUCGACGGGUAAAAUUUGCUGACGAGGGAAUUUCCAGUGAUUGGGCCUCGUCGUCCAGGCUUUUUGUUCCUUGUUAUCUUUUCUGUCAGCUCUAAUUGUAUGUUAGCAAACGGGUAUACCAAACCUGCCACAGCCGUGGGAGACACUUUGUUACCCCAGACUACUAUACCGUUCUCAGGAGCAGGCUCUCUGGUACCUACAUGUGGGAAGGCCAACGAUUAUACCAACUCAAGGCACUGGUGCCAUUAAUAAUUCUGUAAAGACCCAGCUAGGUAUUUAGGUAAUCCCUUAAUAACUAUUCACCAAUCUAUCAAGUAACUUGAAGCGACCCA